AUGGAGGAAAAGAAGAAGAAAGAAAAGGAAGAAGUUAUAGACAACCCAUUAAUCAAACUAUGCUUUAGCAAGAAAGUUUCUGUUACAGUUGGUGAUAAUCCUUCUAUUAAGAGAAUUGUGCAAGUAAAUGGCGCUUUUAUUUCAUUUAUUAAUCCAGCUAAGGAUACAGCAAAUAUUGAAAUCUUCAUCCCACACUGGAAUGCAAAUCUAAAGCAUAUUGGACAACAUACGACUCUCUUUUUGCAACCAACAGGUUAUAUGAAAGCUCAACACAUCAAAGUCAAGUCAAAACAUAACGAAGUUAUGGAAGAACUACUUGGCCAUUUCCUUAAAGCCAAAGAAGCAUUCACCAACUACUCUUUAGAGAUCUAUCAAGGAAAAUGCAAAGUAACUCUCGAUGGAAAGCCAACAGUAGCAAAAAUAUCAUUAUCAAAUACAGAAUUACAGGUAUCAGCUCACUCUAAGACUAUUAUUUCGCAUCCACGUGAUAAAACUUUAAAAGCAAUCAUUCAAUUCGAAGAUUGCACGAAAGUAGAUGUUAUUGACGAUGAAGUACAUCAUAUACUCAUGUUUAGCAAAUCAGAUUCAGCCAGACUUGCUCUUAUUUCAAUACUUUCGAAACCAAUCGUAAAAGAAGAAAUAAAACAGGUUACACUUAACGUUACAGACGUUCCUUACAUCGGAAAUGCCUUUCUUGAUGUAUUGAACGAGACAUCUGAUGUUCCUAUUGCAGGAAAUUCCGAUCAAAAUCAACAAUUAGAAUUUAACGAAGAAACUCUUACUCAAAUGGUAUCUCAAUCAGGUAGACUGACUACUGAUAUCAGGCAAAGUCGUAAAUACAUGCGUCACCAUGAAGAUUCCGAUUCUUUCUCUACAUCUGUUUCAAUGAGCCAAACUACGUUGAAUAAUCCCGAAGCGUAUAGGAGAGCCUUGCAAAAGAGAAAGGAAAAACUCGAAGUGAAGGCUCAGUCCAGGAAUAAGUUCAUGUCAAAUGAAACUUUGGAACUUUUGACCGAUUUGAAUGCACAAAAAAGUGACAACGAUAAGUUCCCCGUGAUCAACAUUGACGGUCUUCAAGAAUUCGAUCCUUUGUAUAAAUUUAAUGAUGAAAAGAUCACUAAUGUAUUUACAAAGGAAUCAAGAUUUGUUCAUCCAUCAGAUUUGACUUAUCUGAACAAAAUUGACGUAGAACUCGAAUAUAAUACGCUUAAUAACGAUGCAGAGAUAAAGGCUAUGAACAUGCCAAUACCAAAACCAUUGACAAACAUGUUUGGUUUAUGA